UAAAUUGAAAAUCAUCAUGGAUGAGAAAGGAACUCUUGAUAGCAGUAUUGUGUUCAGCAAAAUGAGCUUUUUGUCUACAAAGAAUCCACAUAAGGGUGAUAGUACUACCAAAAAGUAUCUUAGAAGUCUUGAUAAAUCAAAUGGAGAUUAUAACGAUUCAAAUUCCAUAUGCCUCCAAUUUAUUAAGAAUCCUAAUAUGAAUUCGGUUAAACAUGGUAGGCCUAGACCAGGAAUUUCAAAUACGUUAAACAGAAGAAAUAAGAGUCUGAACAAACCGAUCCAGGAUUUUCAGACCUUGGCUGCUGUCCUUGAAAACCCUGAGGCUCAUAACUUCGGUAGAAAAACUGGAUCUAAAUCAAUGGCGAAGCACUUUGACAGAUCAAAAAUCUCUAUUUUCAACCCCUCUAGAAACCCUCGUCCAAAGUACACCACCACUCUCACCACCGAUGAAAAAUAAAAUCUACCUAAAACUCAGCAAAUCCAAUCAAAAACUCCACAGGCGGUCAAAAAGCAUCCAAAAAUUUUCAUAUUUCAACCCAAAAUAAAUCCUAUUCCCACAAACCACCCAACACAGCAGCACAAAAAUCCCAAAAUUUCCACGCACAAAAUUUCAAAAAUUCUAAAAAAUCUAAAAUUUCUUCCCAUUGUCCUUCUUCUUCCAGUCAAAAUAGGAAUUUUUAAGAUAUUUCAGAAACUUAGGAAGAUAAUGAACACAAGAGUGGAUGAGGAGGAUGAAAAGGUCUUUUUGAGUAAAUAUUUUAAGGCGGCUAAGAGUCCUUUGUUGGAGUAUUUUACAGAUUAUGGUACUGGAAUCAAAGGCAAGAAGCAGGUACAAGAACUGGUCAAGGACGGAGAUAAAUUAUAUCAGUGCUGGAAUGAACUGAGCGAGGGAAGUAGUGAUGAAGGAAAUAUUGGAGAUUAUAGGUCACAGACUUAUGAUGUUACGCUUGAGGGCGAUGAAGAGGUGAGGGAGUCGGAGAAUGAUUAUAUGAGUCAGCAUGUGAAGAUGGUGCCGAUGGACCUGAAGGAGGAUAAGAAUGAGAUUUUGGCACUUAGGACGAUGAAUAGGUUCAAAACUACAUUUAAUAAGUUUAAAAAGGUAAUUGACUCAGGGAGAAAAGGGAAGCCCCUUUUCCAGGACCUGUGCAUG